AUGGUGAAUCCUGGCAAAGUCCCCAUCUUCGAAGAAACUGACUAUGACUACUGGAAAAUUCGUAUGCGUGCAUACCUCCAGAGUCAAGGUUCAGAAGUUUGGGAGAUUUGCGAGGACCCGACCUAUGUCAUCCUUCCUCAGCGUGUCACACCGGUUGAGAAAGAGCGACAUGAGGCUAACUGCAAGGCUCUCAAUGCCUUGAUCUCUGCUUUGGCCAGACCUGAGUUUGAGCACGUGAGUGAUUGUCGUAUCGCUCGUGAGCUCUGGAACCAGUUGCAGAACUUCCAUGAAGGGAAGAACCAGGGCAUCCAGGCCUACACUGAUCAUGACAAGGCCAUGAAGUUAAUAUAUGCCUUGGAUCAAAAGGUUUGGGAGGUGAAGGUCCAGACUACAAUUGAGUCUGCUUCUUAUGAGACCCUCACCGUGGACGAGGUCUUCAGCAAACUGAAGGCUACAGAGGUGGAGAAGCUCUCUCGAGCUCGCAUGGAUGGCAUCCAAGAUUCCUCCACCCCCAAGUCCAUUGCCCUUAAGAAGAGUUCCAAGGAGGAGCCGGACUACCCCAGGUGUGAGCACCGUGAGUACCGCGAGCACAAGCACCACCACUCUCACAAGAAGGGUGGUGGUUGCUCCAAGCUGCACUUCGAGUGGAAGAAGAACAUCAUCGGCAAGUACAAGGGCAAGCAGGCAUUCAUCACUCAGAGCGAGGACAGCACGUCGUCCUCCAGCCAGUACUCGGUGACCUCUUCCAGCUCCAGCGAUUCUGACUCCGACUGUGGCGCCAGGAAGGGCAAGAAGAAGGUUGCGGAGGGCUUCACCGGCUUGAAACUCAUUGCUGACCUUGAGGCGGCCAAGCUUGCGUUAGAGGUUGCUAGGUUGGUUCCAGUAGCGAGUGACGAGCUUGAGGAGAAGGAGUGCGAUGGCUACGUUGUGCUCACGGUAGAUCUUGCAAAGCUUAGGAGCAAGUAUGACAAGAACUUGCUCAAGCUCAAGGAGGGCCAGAAGGCCUUGGACGAGCUCAAGUCCUGGCCUACCCUCUUGGGUGCUUGUAAGGAGUGCCCAGCGCUUAGAGAGGAGCUUAUGGAGAAGAGUGCUGCUUUGAGAAAGUUGGAGAAGUCUAGCAUCCCUAUUAUUCCUGACUGUACUGCCUACCCCACCUUGAUUAUUGAGCUUGAGGUGGCGCGCAUGGGCAAGACCCAUGUUGAGGAGGAGAACACUCACCUUCGGGUGAUUCUCAGUUCGGUGUCUGCGCUAGAGCCUCAGUUGGGGAUGAUUGUGCAGCAGUUUAAGUGCGCUGACGGGGUUGGGGUUGGUUUUGCUUUUACUCCUGCCGAUUACACUCACUCCUAUGGCAAGAUCACUGAGGAGUUUGCACCCAAGCCUAGUGAGCCUAUUGAGCCUUCUUCUUCGACAGUUCCCACAGCUCCUACGGCUCCUACUACCAACCCAGAAUGUAUGAGGGAUGGAGUGUUCCAAGAACCACCCAAAGCUUCACCCAAGCCUCAAGUGUGGAUUCCAAAACCCAACUACCUCAGGAAUCCACUUGACACACUCCCUCCUAGUGAUGACAUGACACUGGAUGCCGGGGAGCUAGGGAACAUAUGGUUCAUGGACUCCACUUAUUCGUGCCACAUGACCGGUAGUCACAAAUGGUUCUCCAGCCUCACCCCGAUGAAGGAGAAGGAAUAUAUCAUCUUUGGGGACAACGGCAAGGGUAAGCUUCUCGAUGAUGGGUAUGAAGUGAAUUUCAAUAGUGGAUCUUCUCAUGAGCUUGAUGCUUAG